UAAAGUUAGGAAAACACGCAAAUUUUAGUAGGAAAAAUAGAAAAUUGAAGUCGUAAAAUAGCAUUUUUGCUUUGGUGUGUUAUUCACGUUGUGGUUGUCUCUUCAGGUUUUGUUGUGCUAGCCACUGUUAUCACUAAGCUGUAUAGCUUAUCAGUUACUACCACCGAAACAGUAAGUUGUGCAAACUGCGGUGCGGAAGCUGUGGCUGCGGGAAGACAGGCGCAGGCAAUCUUUUUUCUUGUCUGAUAAUGCUGGUUAUUGCUCGUUUCAUCGCGGUGUGGUGUUAAUCAAGCGGUCGUUGUCGAAAGAUAAACCACCGACGACUGCUGGGCUGGUGGACUUAGAAACGUAUAGCUGUGUGAAGAAGGCGGUGAGGAUAAGGAAGCGUGCUGCUUUACGAUGUCUGAAAGCAUUAAGCAUGAGCUUGAUAUGAAGAUGGAGCCUUCCAGUCCGCCGGAGAAGGAUCGCAGCAUGUACUCGCGCUGCUCGAGUGCCGGUAGCGUUCACACGCCGACCUCUUCCGCUCAUAACACUGAUGACCUUGAUUUUUCUCUCACAGAGGACGAGGAGGACUCGGGAGAUAAUAAGAGUAGCAGCACCCUUAGUUACAAGGAACGUCGACGGGAGGCUCACACACAGGCCGAACAAAAACGGCGAGAUGCCAUUAAAAAGGGGUACGAUUCGUUGCAGGAGCUGGUUCCCACGUGCCAGCAAACUGAUGCCUCCGGUUACAAGUUGAGCAAAGCUUCCGUACUGCAAAAAUCAAUCGACUACAUUGGUUAUUUGCACCAGCAUAAGAAGAAACAGGAAGACGACCGCACCUCGCUGCAGAAAGAGGUAAUGGCCCUUCGAAUCAUACAGAAAAACUACGAACAUAUGUUGCAGAAUCAGCAGCAAUCGCCCGGCCGGACAGAGGCACGGCUCAGUGACGACGUAAAGUUUCAGGUCUUUAAGGCCAUAAUGGACGAAAUGUUCGUCACGUUUGAUCAGCUACCGAUGAACGAUUUUGCCGAGCUGACUUCCGGAGUGAUUCCCUGGCUGGAGGAACAUUGCAAGCCACACCUGCUGCGGGACGUUGUCAACCGAACGCUUGGUAACAUCACGGCCAACUACGUUGCGAGCGCCCGUCAAAGUCAAGGUGCUCCUAGAGAAAGUGGCGUUAAAAUGGAGUGAAGGUGGGUUUAUUUCAAGUUUUUCAGUAGAAUUUAUCGAACAAUUAGCCGU